GAAGAGCUGCGCUCCGAACCGAUGUUUCAAAACAGAAGAUUUACCACGUUUUCAAGACAUUGAAUCAUUUACAAGUGAAGAUGUUCAUUCAUACCAUCAAGAAGGAUUGAAACCUGUAAAGACUGAGUUUAUUGAGGAUUGCAGUGAGCUCACCUAGAAGAUGAGUGAUCCAGAACACGUCACAGUGAAGCAUGAUGAUACUGAAGAACGAGACCUGAAGGAAAAGGAUAAGGAAAGUAAAGAACUGAACGAAGGGGAAGAAAAUCAUGUCAUAAGUUGCUCACAGAAGGAAAGAGAAUUUGUACGGAAAAGAAGAGCCAAAAAAAUAUUCACUUGCCCUCAGUGUGGAAAAUCAUUCCCGUACAAAAGCAGUUUGGAAGAUCACAUGAACAUCCACACAGGACAGAAGCCACACACAUGUGAUCAAUGUGAGAAAAGUUAUGCACUUAAAGGAAGCCUUAAUGAACACAUGAAAAUCCACACUGGAGACAAGCCACACGCAUGUGAUCAGUGCGGGAAGAGAUUCACACACAAAAUGACCCUUAAGAAACACGUGAAAAUCCACACUGGAGAGAAGCCACACACAUGUGAUCAGUGUGGGAAGAGUUUCACACGAAAAGAAACCCUUAAGGAUCACCUGAGAAUCCACACUGGACAGCCGCUGCACACAUGUGGUCAAUGCGGGAAGAGUUUUGUACAUACAGUCAGUCUUAAUAAACAUCUGCGUUCUCAUAUUAGAGCUCAUCAAAGAUCCUUUAACUGUGAUCAGUGUGGUAAAAAGUUUCGUUGGGCACAAUCCCUGAAGGAGCACAUGACCAUUCAUACACAGGAGAAGCCUCAUGUGUGUUCUUUGUGUGGAAAGAGUUUUUCACGACUGUAUACUUUAAAAAUACACCAGAAACGACACAGUAGUGUGAAGAGUCAUAUGUGCUCUGAUUGUGGGAAGUCCUUCUUUACAGAUGGCCAGAUGAAGCUGCACCAAAGAAUUCACACUGGAGAACAACCUUACAAGUGUUCACAUUGUGAUAGUAGAUUCAGUCGGGUAGAGUCUCUGAAAACACACGAGAAGAUCCACACCGGAGUGAAGCUGCACAUGUGUGGUCACUGCGGGAAGAGAUUCACACUGAUAGGAAACCUUAAUGAACACAUUAAAAUCCACUCUGGACAGAAACCGCAUGCAUGUGUUCAAUGCGGAAAGAGGUUCACACACAAAGGAGCUCUUAAGAAACACAUAAAAAUCCACACUGGAGAGAGGCCGCACACGUGUGAUCGGUGUGGGAAGAGUUUCACAGUCAAAGGAGCUCUUAAGAAACACAUAAAAAUCCACACUGGAGAGAGGCCGCACACAUGUGAUCGGUGUGGGAAGAGUUUCACAGUCAAAGGAGCUCUUAAGAAACACAUACAAAUCCACACUGGAGAGAAGCCACACACAUGUGAUCAGUGUGGCAAGAGUUUCACACAAAAAGAAACCCUUAAGAAACACAUAAAAAUCCACACUGGAAAGAGGCCGCACACAUGUGAUCAGUGUGGGAAGAGUUUCACAGUCAAAGGAGACCUUCUGUUACACAUGAAUAGCCACACUGGAGAGAAGCCGCACACUUGUGAUCAGUGUGGGAAGAGUUUCACACAAAAAUAUUUUCUCAAGAAACACAUGUUGAUCCACAGUGGAGAGAAGCCGCACACGUGUGAUCAGUGCGGGAAGAGUUUCACAGUCAAAGGAAACCUUAAGUCACACAUGAAUAGCCACUCUGGAGAGAAGCUGCACACUUGUGAUCAGUGUGGAAAAAGUUUUACAUUAAAAGGAAACCUUAAGAUACACAUGAAUAUCCACACGGGAGAGAAGCCGCACACUUGUGAUCAGUGUGGGAAGAGUUUCACAGUAAAAGGAAACCUUAAGUCACACAUGAAUAGCCACUCUGGAGAGAAGCCGCACACUUGUGAUCAGUGUGGGAAAAGUUUUACAUUAAAAGGAAACCUUAAGAUACACAUGAAUAUCCACACGGGAGAGAAGCCACACGUGUGUUCUUCAUGUGGAAAACGUUUUACAUGGCUGCAUGCCUUAAAAGUACACCAGAAGACACAUACCAGUGUGAAAGCAGUGUGAAAAGACAUUUGCUACGGUGGACAAAGUUUUAAUGUCUCCAGAGAAUUCACACUGGAGAAAAGCCUUUUAAGUACUGACACAAUGAUAAGCGAUCCAGUCUGUCAGGACACAUGAAACCAAAUCAGAGAUGAUCCACAUUGGAGAUCAGUUGUAUCUGUAGGUAUCACUAAGUGUAGUGCCAUUAAGUAUAGUUUUGUUCAGAUGCAUUUUCAAGCUAAAAUGUGCAUCAAGACCAUGAGUUUCAAGUGUUGAGAUUGAAAUGAAUUUAAAGUUUGAGUUCCUUUAAAGGCUAUACUAUUUAAGUGUCAUGUUGUUUUUACAUGUACAGAAUGUUGUCUCCAAAUUUACCAUGUGCAGAUGUAAGAUAAA